AUGAACGAUGCACAGAUAACGCCGGGAGUAUAUUUGAAAGUGGAUGGCGCUUUUGACUGUAAGGAACUGUUUGAUCGUGGCAUCACAAUGUCCGGGGUACAUAGCAUUCAGCCUUUGGUAAAUCAGCUCACUGAUGUUUAUUGUGAUAUGAAAACAAAUGGAGGCGGUUGGACGGUACUGUUAAAACGAAACGACGGCUCUGUGAAUUUCAAUCGGAGUUGGAAUGAAUAUAAAAUUGGUUUUGGGAGUGUCUCGUCUGACUACUGGAUUGGAAAUGAAGUAAUUCAUCACUUAACGAGACAGACAAACUCCAUGUUGUACGUUUCUAUAACCCAUGUGAAUGGUAGUACGUUUUAUGAAAAAUAUAAUGAAUUUUCGAUUUCCGGCGAAGCUGAUGGAUAUUCCCUGCACUUUGGAGGGGCCUCAGGAACACUCGGCGAUGCGAUGACACCAGCUACAUUUUCAAGAGGCCAUCUUAAUGGAAUGAAAUUUACCACCAUCGAUAAAGACCAGGAUGAAAGUGAUGGCGCUAACUGUGCUAUCUUAGUGGGAGGAGGGGGAGGGUGGUGGUAUAAACAAUGUCGUUGGGCCCUGCUCACUGGUCCUUACGGAAGCACAGAUUGGAAGUAUCCUUGGGUUCCGAAAUCCAAGAGUGGAUUCAAGAGUGGAAUUGACAUCCGUAGAGUUCGAAUGAUGGUAAAGAGAAAAGGGACACAAGAGGAUUAA